AUGUUUUGUAACGCUGGUCUCUGCUCGUGUUUGACGUCAUACAUUGCCGCCGAGUCGUACUGCUACCAAAAGAUCGAUCCUGGACAACCUGGAUGUGUCUACAACGAGCAGUGUUCCGCCGUUUGGCCAGAUGCUUUCUGUGACACCUCAGCCGGCGUGGGUACUUGUCGAUGUGGAGAGAAUAAGGUCGAACGGGUCACCCGUGACGGACAUGUCUGCCUCGAUAUGCUAGAUGGCAACCAGAAUAUUCUCGCUAUUACUUGCCCCCUUCCAGAAGGUGCC